AGUCAGCGCGAGGGCCCCACCGCCUCCCCCUCCUCUUUUCGUCGUCUACCACCACCGCCCAAGCCCGCCCUCCAGCCCGCCGUCCUCCCGCCCACCGUCUACACCGUCCAAUACCUCUUUCGAACAACAAUGGCCCGUACCAAGCAAACCGCUCGCAAGUCCACCGGUGGUAAGGCACCCCGUAAGCAGCUGGCCACCAAGGCCGCCAGGAAGACCGCGCCCGCUGGUGCCGCGACCGGCGGUGUGAAGAAGCCCCACCGUUUCCGGCCCGGAACGGUCGCCCUCCGUGAGAUCCGGAGGUACCAGAAGUCCACCGAGCUCCUUAUCCGGAAGCUCCCCUUCCAGCGUCUCGUCCGUGAGAUCGCUCAGGACUUCAAGACGGAUCUCCGUUUCCAGUCCUCUGCUGUGAUGGCUCUCCAGGAGGCCGCUGAGGCCUACCUCGUCUCCCUCUUCGAGGACACCAACUUGGCUGCCAUCCACGCCAAGCGUGUCACCAUCCAGCCUAAGGACCUGGCCCUGGCCCGUCGUCUCCGUGGCGAGAGGUCUUAA